AUGAAGGCUGAUUGCGAAAAAGUUCCCCUGGCGGGUCUCCAAGAGGAGGAAGCCCGUCCGCUCACUUCGGUGGGCGGCUGCCCUUCGUAUGCAGGGGUGGGCAACAAUCGCCUCGUAGGCCGGCAAGGCGCCGGUCUCCGUGAACACAACCUUGGCAAAACGAAUAUGGACAUUGAUGCUACGUGGAAUAAGGACUUUGUUGAUAUGGAGGUGAAGGACUGUGACCCGAUGUCGCACUCCAACACCAACGACUUAGACUCGAAUGCGGAAGAGUGCUCAGAGCGGGGCACUCUAAGACUGAGGGGUGGAGGAUCGCCGGAGAGGGACUCUAGGGGUCGGUUCAUCGGCAAGAGUAGAGUGGCCCCUAAGACCUCCAAAGAAUCCGAGAAGACCACGGCGGUGCCGGCAAGGACAGCGUCUCCCUCAAAGAGUGAGGUACCGGAAGCCUUAACUAGGACAGGGUCACAGAGUCGACUGGGGAGUCGGAGGUCACUUUCGGACUUAAGAGUGGAUCUCACUCGCUGCGAUGAGAAGCAUGAGUCCCAAACUUCAGCUCCGACUAGUAGCACAGAGAGGAAAGAGGCGGAAGCUCACGUGGGCGACAAAGGUGGGGACACUGAAUCUGAUACAGGGAGCAUGCUCAGUGUCCGCUCGGAGCCAGCUCCCGAAAACAAGCAGGGUGAUGGGGCCGAGUCAGACUCGGCCAUGAGUUGUUUCUCACUCAGUGACACAGAAAGGAGGUUCUGGCGGAAGCGCGGUCGCGGCGGCUCGGGGUCAGACUCAGACGAGACCACCAAAAAACGGUCACAGUCGGCUUCAAAGCGAGGUCGCGGUCGGCCCCCAACCACGGGACAGUACGUUGGACUCGCCAAGGCCAAAGAGGAAUAUAACCGCGCCAAGAGAGAGGAAAUGCGUUUGAGGGCAGAAGAAGAAGUGGCUGGCUUAAAGCUGCCCUUCUCUACUCGUAGUCAGUCGGGCGGCCUAAGUUCUAGCCCAGCCCUGCCCUGUGGACAAGACAAUCUUUCUGCCGCUGCGCUCUCGCAGCGAGUGCAGACAAGUCUGGAUGCAAUAACCUUGGUUGCCAAAAACUCCAGCAAUUUGAAAGGCACCUUUGUAAAAGCCCUGAAGGAGGCGGCAGUGUCUAUCAAAGAUACAUUUGAGUGCCUUUUAGAGCGCACCACUUCAGAGGAGACGAGGCGUCUGCAGGCGCAAAAUGAUAGCCUGCGCGCUCAAUUGACUGAGCUCAAGGCUGAAAUGGCCCAGCUGAGAGCGGACUUUCGGGACCAAUUCAAGAGACCGGUCCCGGCUCCAUUAAAACCAACGGAGAAUAUACAGCCAGCUAGCAGCUCCGGCAAAGAGGAUACAGGGUCACUGAAUCUGGAAGACAUGAUGCGUAUGAUGACAACAAAGAUUGGACUGAUGUUGGACGCGAGGCUGGGAGCCUUAGAGUUAGAGGGCAGACUGCUGCCAGCCCAAUCGAUGCGGCCCCCGCUGGCUGCCGACUUGAGGCGUCAAAAUGAGCGGGCCACUUCCCAUACCCAGGAGCUUGAACCCGCUCCUAAGCCGGCACCAAAACGAGGUCCUCCAAAUUUGACCGAAGAGCCUAAGAAGGGGCGAAGGAACAGGAAAAAUAAGGCCACUCUUGCAGCAGUUGAAGCCACCGCGGCCCGCGCACGCGCUUCGUCUGUUCCUCGGUCUCUGCCUUCAGCCCCCCUGGCCAUGGAUAAAGCGUGGAAUAAGGCGGCUGGAGGGAAGAAAAAAAAUAACAAGACGGCAAAUCCUCGCUCUGCUAUUCAAUCUCAGCGGAGGAAUGAAGAGCAAGCUAAACGCCAGGGGCAGGCUCCACCACGAUCGCAAAGACAAGAGGCUCGCAAACUGCGACCACCCCGCUCUUCUGCUGUGGUUUUGUCCUUGCAGCCGGAGGGUGAAAAGAAGGGACUCAGUUAUAAGGGAGUGUUAGAUACAGCUAAAGAAAAAAUAAAUCUGGCGGAGCUAGAAAUACAGUCGAUCCGUUUUAAGGUUGCAGCUACAGGCGCUAGACUCCUGGAGAUACCGGGGGCCUCCAGUGGGCCAAAGGCGGACAAACUCGCUGAGAAACUUUGUCAGCUGUUCGAUUCCGAGUUGGUCAAGGUGUCACGGCCCUCAAAAUGCGUGGAAUUGCGAGUUUCCGGCCUGGAUGACUCAGUGUCUGUGGAGGAUAUCGCAGCGGCGAUUGCGCAGGCCGGCGGUUGCGCGGUCCAGGAGGUCAGAGUGGGAGAAAUCAAAUCUGACCCCUGGAGCCUAGGUUCUGCGUGGGUUCGUUGUCCAAUCGCCGCGGCCAAAAAAGUGGCUGGAAAGGAGAGACUGCUAGUGGGCUGGGUGUCGGCGCAAGUCAAGUUGCUGGAAGCGCGCGCCCAAAGAUGUUACCGGUGCUUGGAGUUGGGCCAUGUUAGGGCGCUGUGUCCUUCUGAAAUUGACAGGUCCGGUCUGUGCUACCGUUGUGGCCAGCCAGGUCACAAGGCGAGAGAUUGCUCGGCGACGCCACGUUGCACUGUCUGUGCAGUGUUGGGAAAAGACGCGAAUCAUAGGACAGUGUGGACGGGACUCAGGAGGCUUUUGGUAUGGAUACAAAUUAAUAUGGCCAUCAAGUUUCUUCAGACGAAUAUUAACCACUGCGUUAGGGCUCAGGACCUCUUAUUCCAGAGUAUGGCGCAGUGGUCAAUAAAUAUAGCAGUGGUAGCGGAGCCAUACUCUGUUUCUGCUCAAGCGGGAUGGGUCGGUGACCUAGAUAAAACUGUGGCCCUGGUGUCGCGGAGCACUGCUGGCUCACCACCUUUUCAAGGCGUCGUAAAGGGUCACGGUUUUGUGGCGGCAACCUGCGGAAAUAUUGCAAUUGUUGGUGUCUACUUCUCUCCCAACGAUAGUUUGGCGGAUUUUGAACAGUUUCUCGUAACAGUGGGUGCUAUUGUUAGGCAGCUGCACCCCACGCCUGUUUUAGUUGCCGGUGAUUUCAAUGCAAAGUCUAGGGCUUGGGGGUGUCCAGCAACAAAUCCGAAAGGCGCAACUCUGGAAGAGUGGGCGGUCGCCACUGACUUGGUGGUCAUUAACCAGGGAUCAGAAAAUACGUGCGUGCGACAACAGGGUGGAUCUAUCGUGGACAUUACAUUUUCGAGUGCCUCCCUGGCGCGACGUAUUCAGGGAUGGGAGGUUAUGGUAGGGGUGGAGACGCUGUCAGAUCACCGGUAUAUCCGGUUUGAUAUUGACCCACUGAUCUCAAACAACGCAAGGCUGAAUGGCCCAGUCAGGACUGGCCCUAGGUGGGCACUCACCAAACUUGACCGGGAGCUUCUGAUAGAGGCAGCGAUUGUAGAGACCUGGUUGCCUAUCCCAGAUGAAGCUGUGGUGGUGGAGUCCGAAGCGUCCCAAAUCCGGGAGGCCAUGGCGCGAAUUUGUGAUGUGGCGAUGCCUCGGGCCAAGUCACAACCACAUAGACGAUGCGUGUACUGGUGGACAACCGAGCUCGCGCAAAUGCGCAGCUCCUGUGUAGCUGCUCGGCGUCGGUACAUGCGUCAAAGAAGGCGCAGGCGGCAAGACGAAAACGAGGAACGCCGUUUAUAUGAGGUCUACAAGACGUCCAAACAGGAGUUCUCCAAGGCUAUCGGACAUGCUAUUGAGGUGAGUCGUGCUGAAUUCCUGGAGACUCUAAAUAAUGAUCCGUGGGGAAGACCCUACAGGCUCGUCCGGAACAAGUUGCGCCCCUGGGCGCCUCCGCUGACUCAGACGCUUCAGCCGGAGCUGGUAACGCGCGUGGUUACGGGGCUUUUCCCUGAAAGGGGACCCCACCAGCCGCCUAUUAUGGCGCCGCCAACGGUGGGGCCAAGAGAGGAAGAUAUAGUUCCACCAGUUCUUCCCGUCGAGCUGGCCGUGGCGGUCCACCGGCUGCGCGGCAAGAACACGGCCCCAGGGCCUGACGGUAUUCCGGCCCGUGCAUGGGUCUUAGCUAUGAAAGCAUUAGAACCGAGGCUGCUGCGUCUUUUGACCGCUUGCCUGGAACAGGGUUGCUUUCCGAAGGAGUGGAAGUCUGGGAAGUUAGUGCUGCUCAGAAAGGAGGGACGACCGAUAGACUCUCCGUCUGGUUACCGGCCGAUCGUUUUGCUGGAUGAGGUGGGCAAGCUCUUUGAGCGAAUAAUCGCUGCACGCCUCAUCAAACACAUGGAAAUAGAGGGGCCGGACUUGGCCGACUGCCAAUUUGGGUUCCGCAGAAACCGGUCAACUGUCGAUGCGAUUCUACGGGUGAAAUCAAUGGCACACGAAGCUGUGACGCAGGGAAACGUUGUCUUGGCGGUGUCAUUGGACAUCGCCAAUGCUUUCAACACCCUGCCCUGGAACAUUAUAAAAGAGUCGUUGAGAUACCAUCAGGUACCCCUUCACUUGUUCCGCAUCAUUGAAGCGUAUCUCAGUGAGAGGUUCAUCACCUGGCCUGGGCAGCAGGUAUGGGGGGAGAGGGAAAUGUCCUGUGGGGUGCCGCAGGGGUCGGUCUUGGGUCCACUCUUGUGGAAUGUAGGUUACAAUUGGGUUCUGCGGGGGGCAAACUUGCGUGGAGUGAACGUCAUCUGCUACGCCGAUGACACGCUUGUGACGGCCAAGGGACCCAAUUACCGUGAUGCAGCCAUAUUAGCCACAGCGGCAGUUGCCCAUUGCGUGGGCAAGAUCAGAAGUCUGGGCCUUGAGGUGGCUCUAACGAAGUCCGAAGCCAUAUGUUUCUAUGGUCCACGAAAAGCGCCACCAGCUGGGGCGGCUAUUGUGGUGGGAGGAGUCCCGAUUGCUGUCAUGCCGUCACUGCUUUACCUUGGUGUCGUGCUUGACAGCAAGUGGAAUUUCUGUGCGCAUUUUGAGCGCCUGGCACCCAAGCUGUUGCGCGCCGCAUCUGCCUUUGGGCGUAUACUGCCAAACCUGGGAGGGCCCAAGGCUUCACGCCGCCGCCUCUACAUGGGCGUGGUGAAAUCGAUGGCACUAUAUGGUGCCCCUGUUUGGGCAAAUGCUCUCAAUACACAAAAUAUCGCUCGGUUACGCCGGCCGCAGAGAGCAAUGGCUGUUAGGGUCAUAAGAGGAUACCGUACGAUAAGCACGGAGGCCGCGUGCGUUCUAGCAUGCUCUCUGCCCUGGGAUCUGGACGCGAGGGUCCUCGCGACUCUAUAUCAGUGGCGCGGGGAGGUGCGAGACAGCGGUGAGGCGCUGGCUCCGCAAGAAGUAAAGAAGCGGCGUAUUGAGUUGCAGCAGGAGGCGGUUGAUGAGUGGCAGCUGCGGCUGGUUCGGCCGAGGGCGGGCAUCCGCACCAUAGAGGCGAUCCAACCUAUUCUCCAUGAAUGGAUUGAAAGGGAUUUUGGGGUUCUCACAUUCCGGCUCACGCAGGUACUGUCAGGACAUGGUUGUUUUGGCAAGUACCUGCACGAACAAGCUCAGAGGGAGCCGACCCCGGAAUGUCACGGGUGCGGAGCACGUGAGGACUCGGCCCAGCACGUAUUGGCUGAGUGCCCGGUCUGGGCCGUCGAAAGAGAGGAGGUGAUUGCCCGAGUUGGGCAAGAUCUGUCGUUGCCAGCCGUAGUGCAGGCUAUGCUGUCCGGUGAAGAGGUGUGGCAGACGAUGCUGGACUUUUCAGAGCACGUCAUGGCUGGAAAAGAGGCGGCGGAGCGCGAGCGGGAGAUUCAGGCUGAGGCUGACCCUAUGCGCCGUCGCAGAAUCCAUUUCUCCGGGCGGGUCGGCGGUGUUGGCGGAUCGGGAGGAUCGCGCACCGGAUGCCGCGCGUAUCUGUUGUGCGUCUGGGGGGCUCUUGGCUUCCAAUGA